CCUCACCGAAAUCGAUCUCCCCUGCGAACUCGCCCCACAAUAAUAACAUUCGCAAUAAAGCCAUCAGUGCACGUGAUCGCUUGAUCAGAGCGUUGACAGAUUUCACCAAUUCAGCUCGACCCAAUCAUCAAUGGCAGCACAUCUCAUUCAGUAGCAAUCUCAUACAAUGGAUAAUCUUGUUGCGGCAUGCCUGGAGGAUCUGUGCCCAUAAAAUUUUCGAUCCGUCGAAAGCGGCUGUCCCACGUUGGGAUUCCGCGUUGAACGCCUUACUGAUAUGAGGUGUAUUUAUUGUCCAAGUCCAGGGAACAUCCACAUAAGGUUUUCGUACGGGAAGGAUGAUACCUCUGUGUUUCACAGCAAAGACGCCAAAAGUGCUUGCCAAUGCCUAUGACCCUGAACACAGCGAACUGCCCGACACCACUGUCUUACUUUCGAACGUGCCACUUCAACGACGCCUGAAGGAGCGUCAUGUUGUCAUGAUCAGCAUUGGAGGCGUCAUUGGUACGGGCUUGUUCCUAGGCACUGCGACGGCAUUGAUGGAGGGUGGUCCUAUGGGACUUCUACUCGGGUAUACGUUCAUGGGUACAAUGUGCUACUGCGUGAUGAUAACUGUCGGGGAAAUGAUCGCUCUCCUUCCCAUUCCAGGCGGUCAUAUCAGACUCGCGGAAAGAUUUGUCGAUCCAGCCUUCUCCUUUGCGAUGGGUUGGAAUUGCUGGUACUGUUGGACGUUUACGAUACCUGCUGAGUUAUCAGCUGCCGCUACUCUCAUCGACUAUUGGAAUCCUGGAGUAAACAAUGCUGUGUGGAUCACGAUGUGUUUGGUUAUUGCCGUUGGAAUCAAUCUUUUUGGCGUUGGGACCUAUGGAGAAAUGGAGUUCAUAUUUGCGUCCAUCAAAGUCGUCACGAUAACAGGGCUUCUUAUACUUGGCAUUGUGCUAGACCUGGGGGGUGGCCCAAGUCAUGAUCGUAUUGGGUUUCGAUACUGGAAAAAUCCCGGACCGUUUGUACAGUUCGAUGGCAUAGCUGGAGCUACAGGGCAGUUUCUAGGGUUUGUCCGUGUACUCAUCCAAGCUGCCUUUUCUUUUAUUGGAACCGAGGUCGUCACUAUGGCAGCGGCAGAGAUGAAAAACCCUCGAUACGCCAUGCCGCGGGCGAUACGGACAGUGUGCAUCCGAAUUCUCCUAUUUUACAUUGGGGGCGUUUUUGUCAUUGGGUUGCUCGUCCCUUCGAACAACCCUCUUUUAAGUCUCUACUCUUCCAACAUCUCCUCAUCUCCGUUCGUGAUUGCUAUCAACCAGGCUGGAAUUAAAUAUCUACCUUCGAUCUUGAACGCAGUUAUCUUAACUUCUGCUUGGUCCGCCUCUUCAAGCGACUUAUAUUUGUCAUCGAGGGGAUUAUAUGGCCUUGCUGCUGCUGGGAAUGCCCCCAAGUUUUUCAUGCGCACAUCCCGUUCGGGCCAUCCAUAUGUAGCCGUCAUUUUUUGCUCCUUGUUUUCCCUUUUGUCAUACAUGGUUGUGAACACCAGCUCCGGCAUUGUUUUUACCUGGUUUUCGAACAUGACCGCUACCGCAGGACUCUUGGCGUGGUUCUGUAUCGGGGUGACCUACAUCCGGUUCCGUCGGGGAUUACUGGCACAAGGGUAUGACAGGAAACGUUUACCAUACGCCUCGAGACUCCAGCCAUAUGCAUCGUGGUGGGUGAUUGCUUCGUCACUGGUAACUCUCCUGUUCAGCGGAUGGCAAGUCUUUUUGAAAGCCAAUUGGUCCAAUGCGACGUUUGUGACGACAUAUUUGCCUGUCAUACUGUUCCCGGUGCUGUAUGCGACUGCGAAAUGUGUGAUGCGGGUACCCCUGGUGAAACCGAGCGAGAUGGAUUUCAAGUCCGGGACAGAGGACAUAGAGACUGAGAGAUCCAAAGAACACUCACCAAGAAAUUGGGGAGAGGCGGUCUGGAUGAGCUUGACGUGAUGAACGUUCACGCGUUCAUAUCUUUUUUCGCGGACACGGUGGUGUACAAUGUGCAACUAGCGAUACGUUCCAUAGAUAAGGAUGCAGUGCACAGGUCAGGCCCGACUUGUACUGAUGGAAACCCGCUCACUCGCAGGGC